AUCCAGGAUCCCAGCCGAUUGGACAGUGCCACCAUAUUGAGGGCAGAAGAAGCCUCUGCAGAGAGUGAGAUCAGAGAGACAGGAAUGAAGCUGCCUUUGGAGCACAACCUCUAAGGACAGCCAAGCAGUCACUCUCCUGCCAAUCAGGAACCGAACAUCUUGUUUUCUCUUCAACCAGGAGGGCUAACCAUGUCACCCUUCCAGGGCUGGGCUGCUGACAUGGGGACCCUUCCUUGGCUGUUCCUUGUCCUGCUGCUCCAGGAAGCCAAAGGGUACUCUGGAGAUGGUGUGGAGCCUGAGGAAGUAGUUGCAGCCCUUCAGGAGUCCGUCAGCCUCCCCCUGGAAAUACCGCCUGGUGAAGAAGUUAAGAGCAUUGUCUGGUUCUCCCAGAAAAGACUUGCCACAGUGAUGCCAGGGAAGGAAGGACAGCCAGUUAGUGUCGUGGUGGAUGACCCUCACUAUGAGGGCCGAGUGAGCUUCCUGGGUCCCAGCUACUCUCUGCACAUCAGAAACGUGAGCUGGCAGGACUCAGGGCCUUACCAAGCUCAGGUCAAUCUGCAGACAUCGCAGCUCUCCACCAUGCAGCACUACAACCUGCGUGUCUACCGACGGCUUUCGCAGCCUCAAAUUGCUGUGAACUUCGAGAUCCCUGGGGAAGGUGCCUGUAAUAUAUCUCUGGUGUGUUCUGUGGACAGAGCAGGCAUGAACGUCACCUAUAGCUGGCUCACCUUGGGGGACAGUGCUGAAGCAGCCCAGGAAGGCUCUGGCCUCAGCACGUCCUGGAGGCCUGGGGACAAAGUGCUUUCCUACACCUGCAGGGCUAGCAACCCUGUCGGCAGCAUCAAUUCUCUUCCCAUCGCUGCUGGACUCUUCUGUGCAGACCCUGGCUAUCGUGAGACGCCUUCAAUGCCCUCCUGCCUCCUAGCCAAGGGAUUGCUCCUCCUCUUGCUCUUGAUAAUUCUAGCCGUGGGGCUCUGGCUCACCUGAGUUAAAAAAAUAAGUGAAGUGCCAAGGACAAGGAAACUCAAAAGGAACAGAAUUAAACUGAGGAAGAAGGAGAAGCUGACUUGGGCCCAGCCUGAGAGCCUCUGAGAGCCUCCAUCUUGAAUUUUGCCUCCUCACAGCCCACAGGGAGUCAUCCUACCUAGGGGCAGAGGGCGGACUCAGGGAUGGAUGUUCAAAGGUCCUCCCCUCCCUGAGGGAAGGCCAUGUGGGAAUAAAGUCAUGUUAAGCUUC